CUUGUUACCGACGUUCUACCUCAUUCCCAUACAGACUGAAGCUAAAGGAGGUGAUGGGGGAGCGGAACUGCGAAACUGACAGGCGCAUGAGGCCUUUGGGUCCUGCUAGAAAAACCCAUGGAGCCUGACGUGAUCCCCUUGCCCUCCUACACCCCCCCUCCUCUGGAUGGAGGAUCGGAGGAGGAGGAGUUUGGGGAUUUCUCUACAGGGGGGGUUUGCGCGACAAUCGUUCACGCCGGCCAAACAGAACCGACUUCCUUUUUCAGACAGACCUCUCCCAUGGAAAAGCCAUCCACCGCUCUGCCUAACCCUGCUGAAGAAACGCACCGCCCUCCCUCUGAGGAGUCCAGGAACCACGACUCUGAAUCUAAUUUACAUACUGGAGAAGAUCGUCUCUCUGAGACCUUUGGUAGCUCUAUAGCGAGCUCUUCUUUGGGGGAAACGGGCUUCGCUGAUUUUACUUUCUUCGCGGAGCAGGUGGGACACCCCUGGUGUUGCGGCUUCACAGAGGAGUGGGAUGGAAAAGUGGAAGAGCAGGACUGCGAUUCGAGUCGGGAAGUUAUUACGGAGCCUAGAUCUCAGCAUGUACCCAAGGCAAACAGAGGGGUCCGCGUUGAGAGGAAGCACUGUGACAGAAAUGCAGCAGUUCAAAACCACUGUCAGUCUCAGGAAGAUGAAGCAAAUAUACGGGCCCCCUGCCAUGACGGCCCGUCGUUGGAGGGGGACUCAGCAGACCUGGAGCCAAAUGUUUUAUCCCUCAUGUCUCAAAAUGGCCAGACUGAUUAUGAGACGGAAGUAGUGGAGGUCUGUCUCAUCAACAGCAGCACGGCAAAGACGGACGCUCCUCACUGCAAUGCGACUCAGGGAACCUCUGCUACCUCCUGCCAGCAACACUCUGGUACUCACUCUCAAGACAAGUGUGCAGACUCUGCAGACGUUAACAUGGAGCGUCACAGGGAACCUGUUGAGACAGCCGAUACAGGAGUGCGGAGUCUGGGAAGCCUUCCUCCAAGUGACAGCUUUGCAGAUUUCUGCUCAGCCCCUGGGCGGGACGAUGAAGAUGGGCCGUCGUGGGCCAACUUUACGGAGGAGAUGCGGACACAGCUUAGAGAGCCAGAGGAGGAGUCGGAACAGGACGGUGAAACAAGAAUGGAGAGAUGUCAGGCUUCAGCAUCCUGCAGUUUCCAGCGGCUCCUCCGGUCCAGUUUCCCAGAGGUAUUUGUCCCGGUUGUGGAAGCUGAGGAGGACCUGCCCAACCUUGGUGCUUUGCUUCACGUCCAGCACUGUGCAGAGACGGAGGAGGGGACGCCAGAACUCCGCCCAUCUCUGAGGAUUCAGCAGUUGAUGUUAAGUCCACAUGAGGACAUCCACGCCUCACUCAGCCUCCAGUUUAAGUGGGGGGGUUCCCACAGUAACACGACUCUGCUCAGGUGCCUUGGCGUGGACCCUCGGAACAUCGUUUUUAUCGGUACAAAGAAGCAAACUGUGGCUGUGCCAGCUUAUGCCUCCUCAUUGGGAAUGCUGGAUCCAACCAAAGACUCUCCGCCAGCCGUCUGCUCUCCAAGACGCGUGGCGCUCACUGCACCCUCCGCUCCCGAGGAAACACAGAAAUCCCCGAUAUGCUCAGCUCAGGAGCUUCCUUCGAAGACGCCGGACUGGAGCAGCAGAGGCCUUAGCGGCUCCCAGGAGGUCUGCUCCUCAUUCGACCUUGAUUAUUUUGGUUCUGAAGAAGAAAGCAUGUCCAGCAGCAGCAGGCGAACCAGCAGUCCUCCUCCAGGUGUUGACCGUGAGCUGUAUGAAUUAAUCAUCAGUAAACUGGAAACUGGCAACAGCCAGAAAGAAGAUGCUCUGAAUCGACUGAUGUCGGCUGCAGGGAGGACGAACGUAUCCGCCAGGAAGCCAUCAGCGCAAGAAGAGCUCAGUGCAGAGGCAGACAGAAUGAUUUCUGAACUUCCUGACCUGACCUUCAUGCAGGCCAAGGUUCUGAUGUUCCCAAUGUCUCUUGCCCCCAGCACUCACUCUUCUCCAGAACUAUUCUAACCUGCAACAUCAGAGGCUGCAUCUACAACAAAGAACUGUUUAAAAAGACAGGAAAAACACCACAUAUAUGAACUUUAUAUCAAUUGAUGUAGAAAAAAAGCAGAGCCUGACACUCUCCCUACUGGCCUAUUUCAUUUAUGCAGUCAGUGUUCUUUUAUUUUCCUUUACCAUACUGCGCCCUCUGCUGGCUGUUUACUUUUACCACUAUUGAGCACACUAAGUAUAGUAAAGUGUAGUCCUAAGAUUUUGUUUUUUAACCAACAUGUUUUUACUUUAGAUACUGCACUUUUUUCAAGUAUGUUUUAAGAAUGCAUA